AAUGUCACUUCUAUUUGAAGAGUGAUAGAUUUUCUCCAUUAGAAUGAAGUCACACUACAAAAAACAACUUUUGUUGCUCGUAGAAUUACAGGAUUAGAAAUAAACUCUUCUCCUGACACCUAAGGGAUAGAAUUUGCUGUGGACGUGAGGUUUUUAGGGUCCUAGCUUCCGUUUUAAUGAUUCCAACUUCCGGUUUGGUUUUAUUAUCAAAAGGACCGUUGGAGUUCCUGUUUUCAGCUCGCUCAGAAUGUUCUUGAGCUGCGCAUGAGUGACGACCCAUACUGAAACAGUCUCUACUUUCGCGAUUGGCGACAACAGACAAUAAGUCUCAGCCGAGUAAUUAGGAGGCGACUUGUCAACCUCUAUACCCCCUGCAGCGUGCCUCGAUCUCCUUUGAGCCCUUGAAACUAUUGUUGUUAUUAGGAGGGUGACUCAACAGUCAAAAUGGCUUGCCGUCGGCAAAUUCUCUGUUGUCUCGUCUUCAUUGCAUUACUACCAGCUCUUGUAAGCUGUAUUCGCCCGUUCAGAGCGCCAAGGAAUCUUUUCAAGCAAGGUACAUCGUCACUGACUUUACCAGAAGGAGUGCGCAUAAUACGGCGGCAAGCUAGUGAUGAACUAUUUGUAGAAACCAGUCAUGACUUGGAAGAACAACACAUCAGAAGCCGCUUUCGUCGGGAUUCACCGCCUGGAAUAGAUACUACGAACCAACCUCUAGGUUCCUACGACGAGAUGUAUAUGUAUUGGCCUGAGAGUAAGAAACAGGAACACUUUGUAUUUUUGCUUGCCAAAAAACCAAAGCCUCCAGGUAAAACUUCGAACCCAGUGUACGUGUCGACCAAUUAUGGAAGGAACUUUACGAAGGCAGAAUUUACAAACGCGAACAAUUUAACGGCUGUGAUUGACCAGAUAUAUUUCAGCAAAGUUGAACCUACCUUGGCUAUUUUUGCAGAUGUUGCAAACAAGGUUCUCCACAGAACAGAUGACUUACAAACAUUUAAAAACUACAAAAUCUCUUGGGUGCCAUCAUAUAUCACUUUUCAUCCAUGGAACUCGAAUUAUGUCAUGGGAUAUGAUAACACGACUGAGAAGCUGUAUGUGUCAUCAAACAAGGGAAAAUCCUUUGCUGAACGAGAAGGAGAUGUUAAGUCAUUCAAUUGGGGAGUGGAAAAUAUUGAUUUACCAGAUGUUAUUUUUGUUGAGAAAUUUCAAAAGUCUCUGCAAGAACGAAUUACGGGAAAUACUAAGGAUAACAGAACCAAAGUUAUCAAAAUGUACAUAGAAAGCAAAAAAGAACCGAUCAACAUUGCAACAGAUGUGGAUGAAUUUGAGAUGAUGAAAAAUUAUCAGUUCUAUACCACCAAAUUGAGACCAAAGGAUAAACAUUCUGUCUUGAAAGUUUCUAAGAAACGUGGGUUCUUUAAAGUGGCAAAAUUCCCAACUAAUGAGGAAAGCAGAGACUUUUUUGUGUUUGAUGUGGUGGAAGAUCAGGUUUUUGUAGUCAUCAACCACUUGAGAAAUCUUUCAAAUAUGUAUCAGUCUGAUUCAUCUGGUGUCAAGUACCAGUUGUCCUUACCAAGAGUUCUGUAUCACAAUCCGUAUACUGAUGUUUCAUCUGCAUGGCUUAGAACUGUAGUGCCUUAUGCUUUUGUUGACGUGGAUAGAAUCAAAUCUGUAAGGGGUGUUUAUGUUGCCACUCAGUUAACGCCAGGCCCAGUAGGUAGAAGACAUCUACUCUCACUUAUCACUUAUAACAAUGGUGGAAGGUGGCAGCGGAUACGUUCUCCAACUGUGGAUAACCGUGGCGUCAAAAUAAAUUGUUAUCUGCCAGGCUGUUCCAUUCAUGUGAAUCUACUCUAUGGGGCUGUCUAUCGUGUUUCUCCAUCAGAACGUUUGCUUUCCAGCAAGUCGGCCCCUGGUUUGGUGUUAGCUUUAGGUGUGGCCAGCACUAAUCUUAAGAUAUAUCCUGAUCUGUUUGUGUCUUCGGAUGGUGGUGUAAUUUGGAACAGGGCUCUACGAGGGAAGUACUUGUUUACAUAUGGAGAUCAUGGAGGAGUUAUUGUUGCUGUGCCAUACAGACGUUACACAAGGUCACUUAAGUAUAGUACUGAUGGUGGGUUUUCAUGGAGCACAUAUGUCUUCAGUCCUAAAGUGGCCAUCCUGGCACGUGACAUCGUCACUCAACCUGGAGAGAGACUACCAGUCUUUUUAGUUCUUGGAAGCCGCUUCAGCCGUAACCGUGUUCAAAGCUGGACAGUGUUUUAUCUCAAUAUGACAAACAUUAUGGGUCCAGUCUGUGAUUCUUCUGGCUUCUCCACCUUCAAAGAUGGCUGUAUUUUGGGUCGGCAACAGGAGUUUGAGACCAGGAAUUGGACCAUACACUGCCACAUGGGUAGAGACUACAAUCGACCUCAGAACAUAGGGAAUUGUCCUUGUAGUAGAGAUGAUUUUACAUGUGACUAUGGUUUUCAAAGAAAGAAUCAGAAUUUUGAUGAAGAGUGUACUCCUAUCAAGUCUGAUGACCUGAAUAAGGAGCUUAUUCCAAAUGACUGCCCAGAGGGAUCAUUUUACAACAGAUCUCAAGGUUUCCGAAAGAUAGAAGGAAAUACUUGUGAAAAUGGAACAGAAGAGGACUUUUUGCCAGUGCAAACACAUUGUCCUGUUCAAGAGCUGAAAAAUUUUACACUAAGUAGUCCUAAUGUCACAGAUGAUGGAAAAGUUGCAGUGGAGACUGGGAGCACAGUGUUUUUCAAUACGUCUUUUGUCAAAGGAUAUCAAAAAAAUGUAAAUUACAUGUGGUACUAUGGAGAUGAACAUGAAGAGAAUGGUUUUGGAGUACAGUUUGCCAGUCGGAACCACUCGUAUCAUAAAGCUGGAAGGUACCAUGUAAUAGUGGUAGCACACAAUGAGCGGAGUACUUUGGUGCAGAAAAUGGAAGUGUAUGUUCAAGAUAAACUUGUGAGUAAAAGAGUAUCAACCUAUUUCCAUCCUAAAAAUCCUGGUGUGGAUGAGGAUGUUAUGUUUUCCAUAAACUUGAAUUAUUCAGCGGGAGACGUUGGAAAAGUUAUGUACAAAUGGCAAUAUGAUGAUGUUUCAGGAAUUUCCAGUUGGCAACAAGUUGUCACUCUUCGCUUUAAGAAAGCUCAAAAUUAUACAGUUGAAGUCACAGCAAAAAAUUUUGUGAGUUUUGUUAAGAAGAAGGUUCAAAUUAAAGUCAUAAACAAAGACAGUGUUCCACAGAAUGUCACCGCAAGCGUUCUUGGGCCAACAAAAAUAAACAUUACUUGGAAACAUGCUGGAAAGACUGGCAGUUAUAGACACAAUGUUUAUAUGAGUACCUCAGGCAAUACUGGCUUCAAUAAGAUUAAAUGUGCAAAUGAGACACCACUAUCAUGUACAGUGGAGAAAUUAUUACCAGCUACCACUUACUACGUCAAGGUUUCAUCACUGUCUGGAGGAAAAGAAUCUCUAGUGUCAAACAUUGCAUUUACCACAACUAAUACAAGUGCCCCUGGAGCACCAAGAGACUUGCGAGCUUACCCUGUAAAUUCUUCAGCCAUUCGAGUGGAAUGGAAAGCUCCAGAAUACCCCAAUAAACUUAUCACAAGUUACACAAUCAGAUAUUGGCCCUUCACUAAUGAUAAAGUGGAGGUUAUUCAAAACGUUCUCAAUUCAUCAAAAAUAAUUACUGGCUUAGCACAGGACACUGUAUAUUUCUUUGAGGUUUCUGCAAACAGUGGAUCUGAUCGCAGCCUAGCUGCAGGUCCAAAGCAAGCACUGACAAAGUUGUCAAAACCAGUCCUUCCACCUCAGAACAUUGAAAUGAUUUCCAACAAUGGGACAUGUGCAGUGGUGCGUUGGAGUCCACCUAACAUUUCAGCAUCUGAUCAGAGGCCAUUUCCAGCCAAGGGUUACAAAGUGGAACUUGUAGGCAAGCAACCCAUUGAUGUAGGAUCAAGCUAUGUUGUUAUCUGCCAUCUAUCUCCAGGAGUCAAAUCAAAAAUUAGCAUCUGGGCUUAUUCAGAAGCUGGUGAAGGACCAAAGGCAGCAGUUAAUAUAACCACACAAAUAACAAAACCUGGUGCUCCUCGAAACUUUAAGGCUGUUGCUAUCUCUCCCAAUCGAAUAAAGUUAACUUGGGUGAAACCUUCACAGAGUGGUGGAAUCGUAACUGGAUAUAUAAUUAACCAGCUGAGCCCCCAUCCAGAUACCAAGCCAAUUGAAGUUGAUCCAAACCAAAGCAGUUAUAUUGUUAGAGGACUGGAGGCAUACGUUACUUACAAGUUUGUCAUUUCUGCUAAAAACCAGCGAGGGUCCAGUGUAAAGAGUCCCCCAGCAUCAGCAACAACUAAUGAAGAUAGUCCUGGUAUUGUGGAGUAUGUUACAACAGAAACCAUUCCACCUACCUCGGCAAGUAUCAAAGUCACAUGGUCCAAACCAUCAAAACCAAGAGGAAAAAUUACUCAUUACAAGAUUUCGUGGGGAAAAACCUUUGCAGACCAAGAAGAUAUUAGUUCCCAUCAAGUGGAUGGUGGUCAAAUGGCAUACACAGUUAAACAUCUGUCCAACAACACAUACUAUUCUUUUACUGUCAUUGCUGUCAAUUCAGGUAGAGAGGGUCUCCAGCAUAUAAGUCCAAAGAAGCAACGGACAGACACUGCCAUUGAUGGUACAGAAAGACUGAAGUUGAACAUUGAAGGUCCAAAAAUGAGUGACAAAGGUCGCAGGGACUCUUUUAUUCAACAGUUUUAUAAGAAGGCCAGUGAAAUUGCUAACAUUGCUGAUGAUCGCAUUGCUGAUGUUGUUGUCACAGAAAGAGGAGCUGAAACAGCAGUUUACUUUGAUCUCAUCCCACCCAUUAAUGAGUCUGUAGAUGUUCAAGUAGAAACUGCCAAGAAUUCUAUUAAUACAGGAUUCAAGAUUGAGGAGAGGAUUGUUGUCAAAGGUUCAUUGAGUCUUGUGAGUAAAGCGAGAAAAACGCAAUCAAGAGGAGAGCCAACAGUUAGUGCUCGUAAAGGUGGCCAACCUGAGGCUGCUCAAAGCAAAGCAUCACUGGCUGUCUUGAUUCCCCUCGUUAUAAUAGGGUUAAUUUUGGCAGCAGGUUUGGUGUUCUUCUUUGUGAAAUACAAGAACCUCCAAAAGAAUUUCAGCAAAUUGCAUGAGAAAGAGCAUGAGGAGGAUGAAAUGACAGUUUACCAUGAGGACAUGCAAGCAGACUCUCCAGAUGUCAUAUUCAGUGAUCGUUCAAGAAGAGGAAAGAAAUUUUACAAGGAUUCAGAGAAAGUUCCUCUUGGUGAUCAUGAUGAGCUUUCCAUGAUUUAAGGUUUCAGUUCUUCCCAUUCUCUCCCUUUGCUGUUAUUGAUGUGUUACAAAUAGCUCUUCUUUUAAGCUGAGGAAUAUUUUCACUAGUUUUGUAGUAGAUGUGUCACAAGUAAUUCUGUGCGAAGCAGCUCAGGCUGGUGUAAGCUUUUGGUACUUUUUUGUUUUUUUCAUUGUUCUCUAAAAUAGGAAAAAGUUUUUUGAAGAGUACCUCAUCCUACUUCAUCUAAUUUCUUUAUAAGUUGGUUAUCAGAAUCUGGAAGGUAAAAGAAAAGAAGUCUUGGAAACUUUUUAUCUCAUCUUGAAAUUCUUUGUUUCAUCAAAAAGCCAAGUUUUUUCAUUUUCCAUGGCUGUUUGCUAUGUUAUCAGGAGAAGUUGACUUCUCAUGCUUUGAUGUACAUUUUCCAGUUUAUGCUAUGUUAUAAUGAGGGCAACAUUUUGGUGUUUUACUAAGUAAAUCAAGCAUUGUUAUGAUAAAGACAUCCAUUUUGGGGAUUUCAUUUAUUUCUUUUGCUACAGUACACUAAGCAGGGCUAAACCAUGUAUAACUCUCCUGUUGAUAAGACAGAAAUUUUGUUUGAUGUUAUUUUACUUUUCUUGUUUUCAACUUUUGAAGUGUUUGUGAAAGUUUUGCUUCCAGUUAAGCUACUUUAAAAGUUAAUGAGGAUUGCAUUGGAAAUGCAGUUUCUGCAGCUAUCUCAUGUCAGUGUAGCCUCUUUGAAUUCUUGUACAAGAUAAACAGCAAAACAGAAAGUAGUCUUUGUCAUGAGGAAAUGCUCAAUGUAGAUGGGUACAAAGUCUCUGCAACUGCUUGUACUAUUGUUGCUUUAGUAAAGUAUCGUAUCAGGUAAAGAAAUCGUUUUUGCAAGUCCAGAAAAUCUUGCAGUUUGUUAUAUUUUAGUCAAGACAAAAGAAGCAAGGUGGUGCCUUUUUUAGUUGCAACUGUAGGAUGAUUUCUUGUAGUUUUGUAAAGCUUGUAAGCUCUGGUCUUUAAGGCACAAGUUUUUUCUUGACACAGCUGUUACAAAAAAAUGCUGGAGUGUGUUUGUCCACUUAUUUUGUGGCAAGAAAAAUGCUAUUCUCAAUUUUUAUAAUAAUUUGUAAUUCGUGGUGUAUUUACUAGAUCUGGAACAGGGCUUGGUAGGAUACAUGUUGGUUUUGUACUUUGUGUUUUUGUGGAGUAAAGAAAAAUAUGCACAAACUAAUAUGUAAGGUACCAUGUAUUCAGUUAUGUGUUUGUUUGGCAGAGGUGCAGUUGAUAGAUUUUGGUAAAAGCUUUGAUAUUGGUAAAUUUUCAAUAAAGUAUGUUUUAUUACU